AUGACCCACAAACUCUCCUAUCCCGGUCUCAAAUGCAUUCUCGAGUACUUGGAGGCAAAUCGACGUAUCUACAUCACUGCCCGUAGCCCCGCCCUCCGAAGAAUCGAAAAAUCGAUACCUAUCCAUUUAAAAUUUCUGGAGGUUGAAAAAGAUGACAUUUGUGUGAACGAUAUCCAGAUGAGAGUGUAUCCCUAUAACAAAAUAAUGUUCAAAAAGGGAGAAAAACGCUACGAAUGGGAUUAUCCAAUGGACCUGAAACACAAAAAAGCAGUGGAGAUGUUGAAUGAAUACUACUUGGGAGGAAGAAUGAAUAUUUACGCAGAUGAUUUGUGGUUUGUCAACAGAGAAGCGGAAAGUUUUCCAAAAUUUAACGUGACAACUAAUAAACUGACCAUUCUUGAUUUUCUACUUGGCGAUAUCCUCCAAUAUAUCAACCCAAGCAGUUUCCCACUAAAAAAGCUGGCAAUCGAAUGUUAUCAUGAUUUCAACCAUCCACAUAUUCGUUCUGCAAAUAGUCUUCGUAUUUUACUAAUGGGCGACGACGAAAAACAUGAAAAUGCAGCUAACAUCUUAUCGAUUCAAAACAAGAACGUAGUAUUGAGCUAUAUAGAGCUUGAAUUCGUGGAUAUUAUGGGUGUCAUCCAAUAUUGGAUGGAAAACGGAAAGGAAGUCGGAACCACUUUCUCAUGCUCUGACUAUCGCUGUGUUGUCGUUGACGGAAUUUUGAAUCAAUUGAGAAACGAAUUCAACGAGAUUAUGAGUGAAUUAGAUGGAGCCAGUGAUCAAAACCUCGUAGGGACACCUGGUUUCUCUAUUCCGCUGAACUCCUCAUCAAAAAUUCUUGUAUAUGGACGGAGAAAUUCAGAAAACAUUCCAAACGAGAAGAUUGUCUUGAAAGUUGUUAGCAGUCAAGCUGACGACAGCACGAUGGAGAUGAAGAACCAAUAA